CACGUGUGAUUUAUUUCAGCUGUGAUGACCAUCACUGGUGUUAGAAGUCACCUUAACUAGGAGAGAUCACUCAUCAAACCCUGCAGAAGCGUUUUUAGAUAUUUGCGAAGACUUCCUGCUUCCAUGGCUUGAUGCCCUUAGCAUGACUAUGCAAUAUUGACAGAAGGGCAUUAAAAAUAUAUUAUAUUCCAAGUGUCCUGCAGGCUGCAGCAGUGUUGUAGUAUGGCGUCGGCCACCUCCACCCCCGCAGUGUCCAGCAGCCGCGCCAGUCGCUCCGCCAGCCGCCGCAGCGCAGUCAACAUUACCGCAUCCACCAGCCCCACCUACAAGUCCCGCAUCCAGGAGAAGGAUGACCUCCGGCAUCUCAAUGACCGCCUGGCCAACUACAUCCAGCGUGUGCAGGAGCUGGAGAGCGAGAGGUCUUUCAUGCUGCUGCAGCUGGAGGAGAAGGACGAGUCGAAGAGCCGGGAGAUGGGCAACGUGCGGCGGCUGUACGAGGAGGAGCUGAGCGACGUCAGGAAGUCUCUGGACGUUCUAGCAGCAGAGAGGGCCCGUCUUCAGAUCGACUUUGGAAACAUCUCGGAAGAACACAGGAAACUCCAAGCGAGGAACCAGAAGAAGGAGAGCGAUCUAGCGAAUGCCUUGACUCAGUGGAGACGGGUCGAAGCGGUGCUGAGUGCAAAGGAUGCAGAGUGCACAAAGCUUCUGUCGGAGUCCGGACAACUCAAAGACAACCUGACUGAUCUCCAGGGCCAGUUGGAUAUCUCGGAGGGAAUGCUUGCUGAUGCCAAGAGCCAGUUGAGUUCAGAGCUCCUGAGGAGGGUGGACGCCGAGAACCAGGUUCAAACCCUCAAAGAACAGCUCCAGCUCAACAGGAACAUCAGCGAGCAGGAAAUCUUGGAGCUACGGAGUCGACAUGACAGCCGUUUAGUCGAAGUGGACACGGGGAGACGGAGAGAGUUUGAGAUGAAGCUGGCUGAAGCGAUGCAUCAGCUGCGACAGGACCACGAGGGUCAGCUGCAGCAAUACAAAGAGGAGCUGGACAGGACCUUCAACUCCAAACUGGAGAACGCCCAACAGGCGGUGCUGGACAAAGACAUUGUUGUUUCAGCGACCAAAGACGAACUGGAAACCGCCAAACUGAGAGUGGAGACUCUCAGCGCCCAACUACAUCAAUACCAGAAAGAGAAAAUGGCAUUAGAGGGCCGCUUCCAGGACCUGGAUAGGACUCUGGACCGAGAGCGGGAGGUUUGGCAGCAGAAGCUGAGUCAGAAGGAGCAGGAGCUGCUGAGCUUGAGGAGCCAGAUGUACAGCCAGCUGGAGGACUACGAGGACCUGCUGGGUGUCAAGAUUGCCCUGGAUAUGGAGAUCAAGGCCUACAGGAAGAUGUUGGAGGUGGAAGAACAGAGAUUGCAGCUGUCUCCCAGCCCCUCCCAGCACGUGUCCAUACCUCGCACGCAUGAACACGGUAGCGGCCGCAGACUCCGAGGCAAGAAGAGGAAACACGACGGCGCCCCUGGCAGCUCACCCGCGUAUAAAAUGUGCAGUCAUUCGUCUGAGCACGGCGCUGUUAGCAUAGCCGAUGUGGACGUGGACGGGAGAUAUGUCCAACUGAAGAACAUCUCGGAGACGGAUCAGGCGCUCGGUGGCUGGAUUGUCCGCAGGGUAUACACAGACUCCGACAUCUCUUUUCACCUGCCCCCCUCCUGCGCCUUGGCUGGUGGGCAGACGCUUACUAUCUGGGCAGCAGGUGCAGAGGAAGAGGCUGAUCCAGGGGACCUGGUUUUGGAGGGCCACAGGAGCUGGGGCCCCAUUGAUGAGGUCCGGGUCAUCCUCCUCAAUCCUGACUUUGAAGAGAUGGCUGAGCGCCGGGUGUGUAUGCACAACAGGGAGGAGGAAAGUGGCUUGGAUUUUGCGGAAAGCAGCAACAUUCAGCACUUUAGGACGCAGGGUCUAUCCAAGGAGGGCAGCUGUGUUGUCAUGUGAUCCCCCGAAGCCGCUUCCUGUAGUACUACUGAAAUAUUUUAUCUUAUUACCUCAACCCCCCAACAUGCCACUUGCCUGAUGCCUUAAUGCAAGAAGUAGUCAGGUCAAAACCUUUAAUGUAUGUCUGGAAUGAAAUUAU